UCCGUGGUAACCGCUUGAAUGCCAAACAAAUUCUCGAAUGUCGUAAAGUAUAAUUGUUACACGUUAAUGCAAUAAUAUCAAACAAUCUUUGCUGAAUGUAACACAAUGAGAGCGCAUCCAGCAUGGGUCGACAAAGUACAAGAAAAGUCGGACCAAUGUAUAUAUGAUCUUUGUUUUAAUCCGGAUGGAACACAAUUGGUGGUUGCAUCUGGUCACCAAGUCCUUGUGUAUGAAGCUAAUGAUGGUGCUUUGAUUCAACCAUUAAAAGGACAUAAGGAUACAGUGUACUGUGUGUGUUAUGCAAAAGAUGGUAAAAAAUUUGCAUCAGGGAGUGCUGAUAAAACCGUUAUCAUCUGGACCUCCAAAUUAGAAGGAAUUUUAAAAUAUUCACACAAUGAGGCCGUACAGUCGAUGCAAUUUAAUCCCGUUUCACAUCAGCUGCUCAGCUGUUCGCUCUCAGACAUCGCGUUUUGGUCCGCAGAGCAGAAAGCCGUGCAGAAGCACAAGUCCGGUGGCAGAGUCAAUUGCUGCGCAUGGACGAAAGAUGGUCAGUACUUGGCUCUUGGUCUUGCAAGUGGAUACGUAUCAAUAAGAAACAAGAAUGGUGAAGAGAAAACGCGCAUCGAACGACAAGUUGGAGUACCGAUCUGGAGCCUAUCGUGGAAUCCCUUACGAGAUGAAGCUACCGACGUGCUGUGUAUCGCCGACUGGAACGGAGUUAUUUCAUUUUACACUAUUGGAGGAGAGUCCGUCAGGAGGGAGAGAUCGUUGCCCUUUAUACCGUUGAAAAUUGUCCACUUUCCGGAAGGCCAGUAUCUCCUCGUGUGCGGCAGCAACAAACAAUGCCUGCUAAUGACGCACGAUGGUAUACAGCUGGUUAGCGUGGGUGGUACCUUCUCGUCAUGGUUGUGGAGCUGCGCUGUUCACCCAACUGCCUCGCACGUCGCACUUGGUUCCCAAGAUGGAACGAUAACAUACUUACAGCUGUCCUGGGACGUCGUGCACGGCUUAUACGGAGAUAGAUACGCGUACAGAGAAAACAUGACGGACGUAAUAAUACAGCACCUGAUCACCAAUCAAAAAGUGCGAAUCAAAUGUAAAGAUCUGGUAUGUCGAAUCGCGGUAUAUCGAAACAGACUGGCUGUGCAAUUGCCUGAACGCGUAAUUAUUUACGAGCCGUCUGGCAUCGGUGACGGGAUGCAUUACAGAAUACGAGACAAGCUCAAUCAGACGUUGAACUGCAACUUGUUGGUCGUUACGUCGGACCACUUGGUUCUGUGCCUGGAAAGGCGUCUGCAGAGCCUCUCGUUUGCGGGAACAGUAGAGAGAGAGUGGAUCCUCGAUGGACUCAUCACUUACAUCAAAGUAGCGGGUGGUCCCGCUGGUCAGGAGUGCCUGAUAACUGGUUUGAAGAGCGGUCACGUGGUAAAGAUAUACCUGGACAAUCCGUUUCCCGCGCCCGUUACGAGAAUCGAGAAUGCCGUGAGGUGCCUGGACAUCAGUUCGCUGAAAGAGAAAAUGGCAGUGGUGAGCGAAGCCGGUAUUCUCUCCGUGUUUGACUUGUGCAGCGGUGAGAAGCUGCAGGAGUUCCAGGAUGUCAAUAGCGUGGCGUUCAAUAUCGCCUUCGAGGACAUUAUGUGCUUCGCGGGCAAUAAUUACCUCGCGAUAAAGGUCGCAAAUUUUUCCGAGUACAGGCAAAAGUUCUCCGGCUUCGUCGUCGGCCACAACGGCUCGAAGUUGUACUGCUUGAACGGUUCAUCCAUCAUCACGUCAGAGGUGCCGCUGUCGUUGUUCAUGUAUCAGUACCUAGAUAUUGGACUGUACAAUCACGCUUACGACGUGGCGUGUUUAGGCGUGGCCGAAUCGGACUGGCUUGCGCUGGGAACGGCGUGUCUGGACAAUCUCGAAUUGAACAUCGCGUACUCGGCGUUCGCGCGAGUGAAGAAGCUACGCUACAUCGAGAUCGUGUCCGAGGUGGAGGAGAAGCUAAAAUCAGGCGAGUGGGGACGUGAAGCCUGCAUGGCCACCGCUGCAGCCGCCAUGGGUAGACUUCGCGACGCUGCGAAGCUUUAUCAGAAGGCCGGGCUGCAGCAGUUCGCCCUAGAUAUGUAUUCCGAUCUGCGGAUGUUCGACAUCGCUCAAGAAUUUAUAGCUUCCGGCAACACUCAGGAUCGCACAGUGUUGCUGCGACGGCGAGCGGAAUGGGCGAAGAGCCUGGGCGAGCCACGCGCCGCAGCCGAGAUGUUCCUCUCCGCGGGCGAUAUCGAUCGUGCCAUCAGUAUUAUCGCUGAAUACGGUUGGAUCGACAUGUUGAUCAAAGUGGGCAGACAGCUAGACAAGGCGGACAGGGACAACUUGUCAAUGAUCGCGAAGAAACUCAAACAACUGGGCGCUUCACACGGCGCGGCGGAGAUCUUUAGCAGACUUGGGGAUGAUCCUGACGUCGCCGACGUUCUCGUCGACGCGCAAGCGUGGCCCGAGGCUUUUGAGCUCGCGGAAAGGAACCCGAAGCUGAAGUCACGAGUAUACGGGCCGUACGCGCGUUGGCUGGCGGAGACCGGACGCUUUUCCGAGGCUCAAGAAGCAUUCCAGAUGGCGGGACAACCGGAAGAGUCCAUAGUCGUGCUGACAAUGCUGGCGAAGAACGCUGUGACGGAGAAGAGAUACCGCGACGCUUCUUACUUCUACUGGCUGUUGUCACAGCUGAGUCUAGACUUACCAAAGAGCACGGAGGAGAUCAAAGCAAUGUUUCUUAGUUAUUCCGAUAAAGCGGACGUCUAUUACGCGUAUCACGAAGUGCACAAAUAUCUGGAGGAACCUUUCACGUCUCUGAUGCCGGAAGCGUUGUUCAACAUCUCGAGAUACUUGCUCAUGAAGAUGCAAAAUAUGCGCCUGGAAGGGAUCUCGAAGCUGACAGUGAUGUACAGUUUAGUGAAACAGGCGCGGAUAUUGGGAGCCAAUAAAUUGGUGAUGCAACUGCUGGAGCAGUUACGAACGAUGAAGAUCCCUGCGAAUCUUUUGGCGCAAGUGGAGACAUCGACUCUGGCCGCCAGGUCCUAUCCGUAUCGCGACCCGGAGGAAUUAUUGCCCCUGUGCUACAAAUGCUCCACGUUCAACCCUCUGUUGCCGACGAGCAAUAAUUCCAGUAGCAAUUGCACGCAGUGCGGACUGAAGUUUCAACACUCCUUCGUCAUGUUCGAAAUCCUGCCAUUGGUGGAAUUUGAGUUGGAGGAUGAUAUCACGGACGAGGAGGCGGAGAAAUUGAUAGAAGAGCCGUUACCUUCCGCCGCCGAUGAUGAUGCAGUUAACGAUCAAUUCACCGUAACUUCCAACGAGACUGAUCUCUUCACCGUCCGUUUAAUGAGAUACGAGGAAAAAUCUAGUAGUACGAUAACUGUGGGGAAGGGAGUGCUGAGGAGCAUGGACCCGUCCACUGUAAUAAUUAUGAAGUGUCCUAAGCCCUUCAAGACCAGAUACUUCAGAAAUCUUUUACCCGACCUCCACGUCAGCUUGUGCAAGUGCUGCUUAAAGUUGUUUCACUCGGACGAUUAUGAGUUAGCAUUACUACGACACGGACACUGUCCGUUUUGUCGGACGCCGAAUGUGAGCGCGGGUUGACACACGUAUUACAAUGUGCUGUUAGAAGUUUAUCGUAGACCACGCGGUAGGCCUAUAAUUGUUUGAAAUUAUAUAUAUUGAAUUGUUAGAAACAUUUUAUCGUGUUUCAUCCGUUUAGGACUAUUGUACUUUGUACAGCAGCAUCAUGACAAUAUAUACGAACUGUUUCUUUUUUA